AUGGAGCGAUCGGAGCCUAGGCUUCCAAAGUCUCGGACCAAGCAGUCUAAAUCCAAACCUGCGCCAUUUACAAACUUUUACACGCCUGAAAACUCAGACUUCUACGCCAAGUUCAAGUAUCGACCUUUGGACAAGAUAUAUGGAGAAAUUCGACUUCUCGAUGUUGAUCUCACUGGGGGCAACAAGCACCGCAUGAUCCAUUCGAUUUCUUUAGCAAAAGCCGGGAAAUAUUGCGCCAUCUCGUAUUACUCGGGCAACCCCAAGGACACAGUGCCGGUCUGGAUCGAGGGCAUAAAGAUGAACAUAUUCUCCAAUCUCGCCAAAGGAAUCGAGAACGCGGCCAGCUUCUGGAAGAAAGGAUCACCGAACCAGCCCCUGCGACUCUGGGUCGACCAGAUUUGCAUCAAUCAGAGCGAUUUACCAGAAAAGUCGCACCAAGUCAACUUUAUGCGCGAGAUCUACCGGAACGCUACACAUGUAUACGUGUCAAUGCCGGUGAAAAAGAACCUUCGUCCCGUGUUCGAAUGGCUGACAGGUCUUGCGGCGGCGAGGACGACGAAGGGGUACGAGCCAUCAUCAAACAUGCUUUACGAGAACCCGCCACCAGAGCCAAACCUCUCAGGAAGAUGGAGAGAUAGGGCAAAUCCAGAAUGGCCAGCAGAUUCCUGGGAAGACAUUUACCGUGUGAUCAAUCAUUCUUGGUGGAGCCGCUCGUGGGUUUAUCAGGAAUUCAUUGUCGCCUCGGAUGUCUUCUUCCUAUUCUCUGACGAGGUAUCCAUGCCAUGGAACCAGCUCCAUCCCAUCCUGUCUCUUUUCAUGGAACUGGACACCGUCAAUGCAUGCAAGGAGUCGCUGCAAAAACGGGAUCAGGCUGAUGACACCAUGCAUCGGUACAAAAUCGUUGCCAGCAUCAAGCCCAUGAAAGACCAUCUUCGCAACGUUUUCAAGGCAGCCUACAAGUUCUAUGCCUUUGUCGGACUGGCCAACCUCGAGAAUGAAGUGCCAAUCCGGUACGAGCCAAGUUACAGCAUACAGGCAGUGCUCAUCGACGUAGCUCGUGCGAUUGUGGUGCACGAGGACGCGGGCCUCGAUAUCUUGGCACAAGCAGGCACGGCGGCACACCGUCGAGACCUUCCCGAAGGCAAAGAUUCACUCCCGUCAUGGGUUCCAGACUGGGAUAAGCGGGAGGAUAUCGAGAGGCAAAAGUUCAUCGACGCCUUGGAGCUACCGUCCGCAUGCAGCGCAGGCACAAGUCAGAGCUCCAAAGCCACUGUGGACUUUUUGGAAGACAGACACGGGAAUGAGAGGAGAGUGCUCGUCGCUGCGGGAACCCAGGUUGAUAUUCUCGGAAGCGCCAUCGACAGAGGCCAUGACGGAUUUCUACCUUGGAAGUCCUUUUCAAGCUCGGACGGCCAAAGAGUGAUUAUGACGACGAGUAUUGCGCACAUUGGGGAUGAGGUCUGGGUUCUUGACGGCAUGAGCUGGCCGGUCGUUUUACGAAGAAGUUUGGCUGACAAUUCCACUACGCUCCUUGCCAUCGCUAUGGUGCGUGAAAACGGCCAGCCUCAUCAGAUCAUGUUCGGAGACAAGAAUCUUUCAGGAGAGGCGGCUGAAGUGGUAAUAGUCUAA